CUUAAGUUUAUAUACUCUCUGAAGUCUCUGAAUAGUGAAUACACAAAAGACAGGGAAAGAAAGUUAUUUUUAAACUUUGUCUAAUUUUGCUAUAUUACUUAUUAAUCAAUCAGCGAUUACAGUAUCCACUGAUAUUCCGCGAUGAAUGACAUUGUAUUUAUUGGCGAUUGGAUUAAGGACAGAGUUUUGGGAUCUGGAAGUUUUGGUAUAGUUGUACUUUGGAAACACAAAAAUAAUGAACAGAAAUUGGCUAUCAAGACGUGUAAGUGGGGCGAUGAGCUCACCACCAAACACAGAGAGAGAUGGACUAAAGAAGUCGAAAUGCUGCAAAUUUGUAAUCAUCCGAAUAUCGUUGCUACAAAAGAAUUACCCCCUGAAUUUGUAGCCGGUCUCGCUCGCGCAAAUCCCUCCAACUUACCUAUUUUAUGUAUGGAAUAUUGUAGUGGUGGCGAUUUGAGGCAAGUAUUAACAAGAGCAGAUGCAUGUUGCGGACUAAAAGAAAUACAAGUUCGUAAAAUACUCAAUGAUAUUGGAAAUGCGAUGAGAUUCCUUCAUAAUAACAAAAUUACUCAUCGUGACCUUAAGCCUGAAAAUAUCGUAAUGCAUGUGGACGAUGUUGUAGGCUUGGAACAAACUCCCAAGAAAGUGACAUAUAAAAUAAUUGAUCUUGGCUAUGCUAAAGAAAUUGAUUCAAAUUCAAUAUGCGCUAGUUUUGUUGGUACUCUGCAAUACUUGGCACCUGAGCUCUUUUACAGCAAGAGCUACAGCAAUUCUGUUGACUUCUGGUCAUUAGGGCUUCUUGCUUUUGAAAUUAUUUGUGGGACACGACCUUUUUUGCCAUUUAAAGCCCCAGUUGAAUGGAUGCCUUCUGUUAAAAAAAAGACACAUGAUAAUAUAUGUGUAUAUGAAACUUUUCAUGGUGAUAUAAGUUACUCAAAUGAGAUAUUUGCUGAAAAUCAUAUAUCAAAACCAUUCAAGGCUUUAAUUGAGGAAUGGUUAAAAAUUGCAUUGGAAUGGGAUCCUAAAAUGCGAGGAAGAAAUACUCCAUCAAAAGUAACAUUUGAUAUUCCUUCUGAAGAAAAGGGAAAUAAUUCAGGAAGUAAUAUAAUAAUAUUUACUUUACUGGAACAGAUACUUGCAAGGAAAAUCAUCAAAAUUUUCUCCGUUACAACUAUUUCUCAAGUGGCCUAUGAAAUAAAUGAUUCGACUACAAUCUUGACCCUUAAGACUUGGAUUAGUAAGGACACUAAUAUUCCCACUGAAAAUCAAAUAUUAAUAUCACCAACAUCCUAUACUGAUAUUGAUAAUGAAGAGUUAGUCAUGAAAUAUUGGAAUGAAAACAGUGCUGUAAUGUUGUAUGUUUAUAACAAAAAUCAAAUAAUUGAUAGUAGUUGUGCACCAAAUGUACCCAAAGCGGUUCAAAGGUGCUUGGAACACCACAAAGAUUUAUACAAUUAUAAAAAUAGUCAAAAUUUGUAUAGAAAUGCUUUCUAUUUUGUAAUUAACCAAAUGGACAUUUAUGAGGCUUUGAUAAAUGGAAUAUUCUCUAGAGCUGAAUCAUUGAAACAAGAAAGUAAGCAAUUGCUUGUGAAACAUAAUUCAGUAGACAAGAACUUGGGUCAAUUCCUGGCUAAAGUAGAGUUUUUCACGAAAAUGACUGAAGAAGGAAAGAAACAUAUUGAGCAGUUAAAAGAAAGUGAAGUAGGGACAAAUUUCUUAGGUGGUUUCGGCAAGAUUUUCAAAGAAAUAGAUGCUUUAUUAGAAAAAACACAAAAAAUACAAAAUGCUUGGUCACAGUUGUCGAUAAGAGUACAGUCUGCCGCAAGACGUAGCAAUGAUGGAAUUUCCACAGAUAUGAACAGCUUUGUAGCAAAAUAUAAUUACCAAAAUGUAUUUUCUAAUGCGUACAAAACUUUUAUUUCUCAUAAGAAAAGUGAAUUUUACAAUGGAAACAGAGAAAGAGAAAAACAGUGUCCAGACAUUGUGAGAGUUUGUUAUGAUGUUUUAAAGCUAAGAAGUAAAAUUUUACAAGAGUUACAACAUCAACAGUUUAUUUUAAAAUUGAAAGAUUUGAGUAUAGAAUUUGCCAAGAUCUCAGACAUUAUAACAAAGGCAACUGAUAAUAUUGAAAUAUUGAGUACUGAUUUAUCAAAUUCAAUGGAUGAAUUCACAAGUUGUGUUUGGUCCACAAUAAGUGUAGUCGUAAGAGAUGCAGACAACAUGGCCGAUCUUCCUUACAGUGUUGUUUCAUUUCAAAAGAGAGAUUUUAAAAUAGGAGAAUCUGUGUCUCACCAUUGCAUACCUGUAGCACACAGGGAAGAAGAUACUGUGAAGUCUUUGAUAUCAGAGAGUUUGAAUUUGAGACAAAAUCACACAAAUCUUUGUGAAAAAUUAAAUUCACAAAAAAAAAUGUUGCAGCAAACAAUCUUUGAUUUUGCGUUUUUAAAUGAUACUUCACAAUGAUCAUUGAAUUGUUUUGUUUGUAAAUAUAAUACACUUUAUAUGUGUAUUUAACAAAGUUGAGAUUUAGUUUAUAGGAAUACUUUUACAAUGUUUCAAGUGCAAUUGUAUUUUUGUUAGUAUUAAAGUUGUUUAACUGUGAGUAAAAAUUAUGUGCCUUAUCAUUUUAUAUAUGCAAAUCAGUAGAGAUACAAAGAUUUUUAUAAAUUUCAUCAUCAUGAAGUACCUAACAAAAUAAUGUCUUUUCUUUGUGAGAAAUAUUUUUUUAUAAUUAAUUUAGGUUUAUUGUUUAGU